AUGUUCAUAGCAGUGAAAUCAAUGUUAUUUGAAGAAAUUGUCGGGAGCAGCAGAAACAGCAACAGCCGGAGCACAUCCGCAACCGCAUCUCCAACGACCAACAACACGAAUGCCAUCAUCAUCAUUGGCGGCUACAGUAACAAUCAUUGCCGCUUGCGGGAGUAUAGGGGGCGGAGCGGUUGGUUAGAGUGGACAGGAAAUCAAUUAGGGGAAGGGAAGAAGAAGAGAAGAAGAGGAGCAAGGGAAGAAGAGGAGCAUGAGAAGAAGAGGAGCAAGGGUAGAAGAGAAGCAAGGAAAGAAGAAGAGCAAGGGAAGAGGAGCAAGGAAAGAAGAGCAAGGGAAGAAGAAGAGCAAGGGAAGAAGAGGAGCACGGGAAGAAGAAGAGCAAGGGAAGAAGAGGAGCAAGGAAAGAAGAGAAGCAAGGGAAGGAGAAGAGCAAGGGAAGAAGAGGAGCAAGGGAAGAAGAGGAGCAUGAGAAGAAGAGGAGCAAGGAAAGAAGAAGAGCAAGGGAAGAAGAGGAGCAAGGAAAGAAGAAGAGCAAGGGAAGAAGAGGAGCAAGGGAAGAAGAGGAGCAAGGGAAGAAGAAGAGCAAGGGAAGAAGAGGAGCAUGAGAAGAAGAGGAGCAAGGAAAGAAGAAGAGCAAGGGAAGAGGAGCAAGGAAAGAAGAGCAAGGGAAGAAGAAGAGCAAGGGAAGAAGAGGAGCACGGGAAGAAGGGGAGCAAGGGUAGAAGAGGAGCAAGGAAAGAAAAGGAGCAAGGGAAGAAGAGGAGCAAGGGAAGAAGAGGAGCAAGGAAAGAAGAAGAGCAAGGGAAGAGGAGCAAGGAAAGAAGAGCAAGGGAAGAAGAGGAGCAAGGGAAGAAGAGGAGCAUGAGAAGAAGAGGAGCAAGGAAAGAAGAAGAGCAAGGGAAGAAGAGGAGCAAGGAAAGAAGAAGAGCAAGGGAAGAAGAGGAGCAAGGCUCUUCAAAGACAAAAAUGAAAACUCUGGGAUUUACUGUAAAUUUAAUUCGAGCCUCAUACUAA